AUGAAUCAUGGCAACAAUAAUAAUGUUGAUCCGACUGGACAUGUCGAUCAUCGAAGUCAGACUGAAAUCAUCACCCAGGCCACCCUGAACCGUCACUUUAUUGCGAGUGGAGGUUGGGGAUUCUGGGCACAUUUAUAUCUGGUCCUGACUCGGAGUCUCAGCAUGUUCCGAAGACAAGGAUUGCCGCGAUAUCGAUCUAGCAUUGAACAUGCUGAUUUACCUACACAUAGGCAUGGUGUACAAUACUCGUGGUCAGAUAAUCAAUGUUGGCGUCGACCAAGAAGAGUGCUGCUGGAUAAGCAGCGUGCCUCACGCAAGGGGAAUAUUACCCCGGACCGGCACAACUCAGAUAAAUAA